CCUCAUCAUCCAUCAUUUUACUCAAACUUUGGCUUUUGCAUAAAACGUUUUGAAGAAACUCGAAUUCAAACAUCGACAAUCAUUAUCAUCAUCUCCGAGAGUUUAGGGUUACCUUCUCCGAUCAAAUUCGUCGUCGUCGGCGCUAUUAUCUGAGAAAAGUUGUAGUUCCUGUUGGUUAAAUGUCGAGUAGCUCGGGAAGUUUCUCAGGAAGAAGCAGCAGCUCUGCAUGUAGUUCCCGAGGUGAUAGUGAUAACUCCUUUGACGCUGAUGAGCUUCUCCAGUUUGGUUCCAGACGCAUGGAGCUAAGGAAAGAGAAGGACUUGCUUAGAGAAUCGAAACCUCAUAGUAUUGAACUAGUCAGAAGAUUGGAACUCCACUCAAAGUCAUUAUCUGAAUCUCUCCUAGAAGACACUGCAAGGAUUCGUACCAUGGAGAUAGAGUUGUUGAAUUGCUAUAAAGAGAUUGGUUACUUGCGAGAUCAGCUGAUUUUUAAAAGCAAGGAAGUGAGUUACCUCAAAGAGCAUGUGCACAGUCUUGAGUCGAAACUGACCGAAUCAGGGAACUUGGAAGAAGAAGUUAGAUUCUUGAGAGAGGAGUUGUGUAUGUCUAAAUCCGAGCAUUUGUUGUUGAUGCAAGAACUGGAGAGCAAAGAGACGGAGCUGCAGUGUUCGUCUCUUUCUGUGGAGAAACUGGAGGAGACCAUCUCGUCCUUAACAUUGGAAUCCCUGUGCGAAAUAGAGAGCAUGAAGCUUGAUAUAACUGCCUUGGAGCAAGCACUCGUUGACGCAGUGAAAAUCCAAGAAGAAGAAAGCAUCCAAGAGAGAGAUCACUUGAAAGGAAUAAUCAAAGAGGUUCAGUCUCAGGCUCGAGAGGCGCAAGAAAAGGCCAAGUACUUUGAGAAGCAGAACCAAGAGCUGAGAGAGAUAAUCGCCUCCUCUGAAAAGAGUAUCAAAGAGUUUUUUCAAAGUACUAAAGACGAACAACAACCUCUAAACGCAGAGGGCUUCUUCGCUGAGCUGAGCCAUGUGUUUCCACUGUCCAGUGAAGUUCGUGAAUGUUUCGAUGCAAUCAUCAAGAAACUAGAACUCCCCCGGAAUAUAUCUUCGAUUGAUAAAACGGAGGCUAUGGGGAAACAGAUGCAGCUGCAGGAAGAUCUUGUGAAGCGGCUGAAGGAGGAACUGAAAGAGGAGAAACUGAAGGCGAAGGAAGAAGCGGAAGACCUUACUCAAGAAAUGGCUGAACUAAGGUACAAGAUGACAUGUUUGGUGGACGAGGAACGCAAACGCCGUGUGUGCAUAGAGCAAGCGUCAUUACAGAGAAUUGCAGAACUAGAAGCACAGAUCAAGAGAGAGACAAACAAGCGCUCUUCCACUGAGUUGUUGCUGCCUCUUUCCGGGUUAUGAUGAGCUUUGAAGUAUAUAGCUUUACACAGUUCAUCCAUGUUCACAUGUAUGAGUCUAAUCCAUGGAUUUUCCGGCUCGAGUAUGCUUGGAAGGUGAUGAAAAAUCGCAGUAUGGUCAGGAAUCCUGAGACUUUGAAGGUGGCUGGAGUGAGAUGAACAAACAGAGGUGAGAGUUAAAACCUUUGAUUAAAUGUCUCGGAGAAUUAGAGAUUCAUUUUACUUCUUUUUAGCGUUUUAGAGUACAAAAUGUGCUUGGAACAUAGAGGUAAAGUGGCACGAAGGUGCUUAUUUGGCUCCUCUUUGCGAGAGUGUGUAUGUGUGUAUAUACUCUUUGUUCGUUUUGGCAAAGAGAAAACAAAUUUGUUAUGAAAAAACCUUAUUGACUCAUAAAUACAGUGGUUCAUCAGAUAAUAACUAACAAACCUUAUUAAAACCGAGUCAAAGUGGGUGUAAUAGGAUCAAGAAGAAGAAGAGACAAAGAGACAUGAACUCCUGAUCUGUUUCCAAAGCUUCCAUAAACUCUGUCAGACAAAACAAUGGACUUGAU